GUUUUCGGGUUUUGGAAAGGUGGGGUGUUACAAUAUGUUCCCUUCCCUCAUCACUACACUGUGUGAUCGUGCAGGGGUCCCCACAUACGCUGAUGACCGGCUCAUCAGGUCACCACAGCCGAUCUUCCCUUACCACAAGCUCCAGCCAGCGAGUGGACCCCUAGGCGAGGGCGACUCGGACUUACCAGAUGCGGGUCCCUCAGGUGUUCAUGCGGCUCGACCACAACCAAGGGCCAGAAGAGGCAGACAAGAAGCAGAACCACAGCUCCCGGAGUAUGUCGGCCAAUGGAUGGAUGUUAUGGAGGAAAAUGUGGGAUGGUUCAAGAAAAUGAUGAAGGCCAUGGCUGCAGCGCUUCAGUGCAGGACCGAUGACAUUGUCGAGCCACGGCCGUUCCCACCACGGCCUCGAUAUGAUGGAGCAUCAACCUCCGCCGCCGACGAACAAGCACAAGCGGCAGCCACUACACUGGUGGCACAGGCCUGGGAGGAGUACGAGCGGGGACGACCGGAAGAGGAGGGAGGAGCCCACGAGGACGAUCACGACAACUAGGGGGCGUUGUGUUUUCUUUCCCUUUUAUUUUUUAUUCUGCUUUUGAGCAUAGGGACUAUGCUAGAAUUUAAGUUUGAGGGUGGUGUGUGUUGAACUUGCUUGUUUUUGUUUGUUGUUUGUGGGAAAAGUCGUUGGAUUGAUAUUUCGUUUACGAUGUAUCUUUGCUAGACUUUGUUUUUAUUUUUUAUUUUAUUUAUCUUAUUUUGAUUUGGUCUUUUGCAUGCAUAUCAUAUAAUUUAGUUUCGUUUAUGUAUUUUGAUUUCCGUUAUUGUGUUUGUCACAUGCAUUUCAUGUAGGAUCGAGUGUAAUUUGCAUUUCCGGGUUCUUUUGAAGCAAAGCAAUUAAUGAAUUAGUAGAUGGGCUAGUUGAUUUUAAAAUUGAAAUUAUGGAUCACCGGCUAAUUA